AUGGAAGGAGAAGAUGAGCUCCGGAAACUAAACGGCGAAGUUUCAGCUCCACAAGACGGAGAUGUAGAAGAUGACGAUCCUCUAGUAUUGAGCUCUCAAGCAUUAGCAGCGCUCCAGGAAUUUCUAGCUGAUCAGAACAAGACCGUUUCGAGCACACCGCCGCCGUCUUCCGUCGCCGGAGGAGAAGAUUCUGAUAAAGUGGAGCUGGUAACGGAAGAUUGGAGACUUAGUCAGUUCUGGUACGAACCUGAAACAGCAGAGAGUGUAGCUGAGGAAGUGGUCACUCUGUCUAAGAGAUUCUCAAGCUGUCGAAUCGCUUGCAUCGCUUGUCCUACUCUCUACGUUUAUCUCAAGAAGAAAGAUCCGAGUCUUCAGGUGCAAUUGCUGGAGUACGAUAUGAGAUUUGAGAGAUAUGGAAGUGAAUUUACGUUUUAUGAUUACAAUGAACCAGAAGAUCUGCCAUUGCAGCUGAAACAUUGCUUCCAUAUAAUCGUUGCAGAUCCUCCCUACUUGAGUAAAGAAUGUUUGGAAAGAGUUACCCAAACAAUUUCGUUCCUCGCAAGUCCAGUAGAGUCUCUGUUGCUUCUGCUCACAGGAGAGGUGCAGAGAGAUCGGGCGGCUGAGCUAUUGGGUGUUCGUCCAUGUGUGUUUAAGCCUCAUCACUCUAGCAAACUCGGAAACGAGUUUCGACUGUUUAUAAGUUAUGAUCCAGGUAGCAGAUUAGGAGGCUUGGAAGAAGACAUCUAG